AUGGCUGCCUACCAUGUUCGCUCCAACAGUUUGCCUUCUACACCACAUCCUUUCUUCUCACAGAUUGAAAUAAAUUUGGGCAGAAUAAGGGCCUCAGAAGGCACUCCAUCAUCCUUAUCAUCAAUAAACCACAACCUAAGUGGACUUCAGGAUUUGCAUGAUUGUUUUGAGAAGUUGCUUCUCUUGCCUCUAACCCAAAGAACAUUAGUACAAGAGGAACAACCAAAAUGGAGUGACCCAUUGUUGGAUGGAUCUCUCAGAUUGCUGGAUGUAUGCAGUACUGCUAAGGAUUCCUUGCUGCAAACAAAGGAAUGCACGCAAGAACUUUUGCCGAUCAUCCGGAGAAGAGGUGGAGUUGAAACUGAGGCUAAGAAAUUCCUAGCCUCAAGAAAGGUGAUUAAAAAGGCAAUCCACAGGGCCAUUGGGAGGUUGGAGAGUAUGCAAAAGCAACGAGAACUUUCUUCCUCGAACGCAGACCAGGAGACAAUGGCCACAGUUAGCAUGUUGAGAGAGGUGGAAGCAGUUACUCUCAAUGUAUUCAAGUCAUUUUUGCUCUUGAUCUCAGGUUCAAAGCCUCAAUUAAAGCCUAGUAGGUGGUCAGCAGUUUCAAAACUGACGCACCUUCAAAGAGCAGCCUGCAAAGAAGAAAAUGCAAGUGAAUUUGGAAAGGUGGUUGGUGUAUUACGAUCUCUCUGUGCUGUCGAAAGUGUGCAAAACCAUCUGAAAAUUUUGGAGUUGUGCAUUCAAGAUCUGGAAGGAAGAAUUGAGUGCCUAUACAGACAAAUGAUCAAGACUAGAGUCUCUCUUCUCAAUACUCUUAGUCACUAG